GCUGCGCUUAUUAUUUACUUUAUUUACGAACUUCGGAACAAAUUUUCUCGAAAAAAAAAGUAUCUUUCAGAAUUUUAAAAAUGAAUUCAAAUGAGUGUGAAGAAUAUUCGGAAAAUGAAGAUGAUAAUAAGUUAAAUAUUAAAAUAAAUAUAUCCGAAGAUUUUGAUGAGUUACUGAAAGACUUUCCGGAGGUUUUGGAGUUUAUAACCAAGUUAAAAAAAUACAUCAAGUAUCAGGAUAAAAAAAUAACUAAAUUGCACAAUAAAUUAAUGAAUCAGAAAAAAGGACGGAAAUUUGGUAGAGAAUUUUUAGACAAAGAAGUACAGACGGAUUUUGGGGAUAAAUUACCUGGAGAAGGUGCUGCUGAGUGGAGUGAAUCUAAUAUUAGUGAACAAGUUAAACAAGUAGCAGAAUCAACAUUGCAACAAAGUGGAUUUGUUUAUGAAGAAACUUCUGGACUUUAUUAUGAUUAUAAUACUGGAUAUUAUUAUGAUGCAACAAAAGGGCUUUAUUAUGACGGAAAUUCAGGAAUUUAUUACUAUUAUGACAAUGAAACGAAAUCUUACAAGUAUCAUAGCCAGUUAUCGACGGCAGAAGUUCCAGAUACGAAGAAAAAGGAAAAGCGGAAAAAAAAUAAGAAACACAAGGAUGUCGCUAAAAAGUCUAGAGAUACGCCGAUGGAUGAAGUUGUCGAAGAAGGCGAGUGUUCGGCUAGUGAGGCCAGUUCUUCUACGGAAUCUUCUUCUGAAUCUACUGACAAUGAUGAUAUUGCAAAAAAUUACCCACCAUGCAUGCGGAUAAUCGUCAAGGAAACAAAUCUUCAGCAAGUCAAGUUAGGUUCAUUAUUCAUCAUCACCUUCACUGGAGGUUCACUAGGUCGCGAGGGAACUGAUCACUCAGUACUGAUUCCAGACAUUAAUAUCAGCAAACACCACGCAAGAUUCCAGUACGACGCAUCAAAAAAUCAGUAUGAAUUAAUAGACCUGGGCUCCCGGAACGGCACAUAUGUGAACGGAAAGCGCGUAUCAGUUGCGAAGCAGGAGUCAGAACCAGUGGAGAUAGCUCAUGGAUCAAUCGUCCAGGUUGCCAGCACCAAGCUACUCUGUCAUGUUCAUAAUGGCAAUGAAACUUGCGGGCACUGUGAGCCGGGGUUGAUUCAGCAACCGGUUGACGAGUCGGGAAAUUUACGGAAGAUUAAUUCGCACAAGUCUGAGUUGAAGCGGCUGAAGAAUAAGUUUGGAGUUGAUAAGGACAAUACUGACAAGGCGAGCCAAGUUGCUAGAGGGUACCAGGAUAGAGCUCAAGCGCGCAGGGAAAAUGUUGGAUCUUCUAAUCAGUAUGCUAAGACUCAGCAGAGUUCUGUGGACACGUCUAUUGCUAAAGAUAAUAAAGGGUUCAAAUUGCUGUCGAAAAUGGGAUGGUCUGAAGGACAGUCGCUGGGUAAAGAUGGUGAUGGACGCACUGAACCGGUACAAAUGGUAAAUAACAACGCGAAAAAAGGGCUAGGAAACACAGAUUUACCUUCAAUCGAAAUGGAUGCGAGUGUUGAAAAGAAACAGGCCAUAUGGCGGAAAACUCGGCAACGUUACGACCAAACAUAAUUGCACCAGCCAAUUUUCAAUCAAUCAAACCUAUACAUAAAUAAAAUAAAUUAAUUACUUAUAGAUAAAUUGUAUGAUAAUUUACAUGUCAAAAUUCAGCAUCUGAUACCCAACAAGUAUAAUUUUAAACUGGCAAAAUA